GCAUCUGGUCUGGAAGGCCACCUAGUGACACAACCGUGCAGGAGAAAAUGCACAACCCUGUUUGAGUUGCGAUUUCUUUUUUCUUAGUCGAUUUAAAUGAUCUUGCUACACUCAAGCAUGGCCUUGGGGGUUUGUUGCUAUUCCCUCAAGUGGUAUUUCAAAAAUUUUAGAGUAUAUUUUGAUUUCUUAAGAACAGAUGGGGUUUAUUUGAGACGGGAGCAUGCAAUUAAUCCCUGCUAGGAAAGAAACAAUUUUUUGUGCAGAAUGGUGGUAGAUAGACACCUGAGCAGAUCUGUCACAAACACAGUGUCACUCUCCUGACCAGUUAUCGGAGCCAAAUGUAUCCAGCGGUUGUGAUCCCCUGCCUUCCAUGGUACAAACCAACCCCAGGUGGGUGCCUGGGGCCAUGACAUCUCUGCAAUUAAAAUGUAAAAUUCUGCUUUGUUUUCAUCACAGCUCACCUUGGAUGGGUGGCACUGGGUGAAUAAGCAAUGAGCAGAGCUGUCAGUUCCUACUCAAGCAGUAAAUACAGUAAAAAACAAGCAGAAAGUCACCGCCACUCCCGCUGCCAGCAAGAAGACAUGUUUUGGGGGGUAACUCAGGGGGUCUCUGCUUCUCCCACACCAUGGCUAGCACUGCACCUGCUGUACGCCCUCCGCUCAGCCGUCAGGACUGGGAUCCACCGCUGCAGACAUUGAGGUUGAAGAAGUCCCCUCAGCUGCUGGCAACCUGGGGUAAAACGACAUGGUGCCUGAGGUCCGAAGGGGCUCCCUGGAGGAACAAAUGAGGAAUGGGGACACAGACACACAUGCGCGCUGGCAGCACAGUUGCUGGACAGGGAUGAGCACCCAAGCAUGGGGUAACGUGGCAGGUGGAUGGGAAGUGCAAAGGUGACAGGGCCCAACGACCCUGUGUGGAUGUAGGCGUUGGAGGCUCGCCAGGAGGACGGGCGCGCAGCCCCUGUGGGCUUUGGGGCGAGAAGGCCUCACAGGGCGCUGAGGGGGCUCCUGCGGUGCCCACCGGGGCUGCACCCCCCUCAGAAGCGGGGCCCCGCGGGGGACCGUGGGCAGCCGCACGCCCGUGAGGAGCCGACGCCGUGGGCGCCCCAGACCCGUAAGGGGAGCUCAGGGCUUCUCGGAGAGGCGCCCCCGGCCGCCCCGGGGCUUACUCUCGGCUGAGGCACCUGAGGCGCCGGCGCCCGCGGCGCGGCCACUCCCCGGCGGGGCGCGGGCGGUGCCUGCCCGCUCCGGGGCGCCCGGAGCGCGGCGGCGGCGGCGGGUGGAAACCGCGUCCCGGCAGUGCUGAGCCCUGCCCGGCCCCGCUCCGCUUCGCUCCAUGGAGGCGGCCAACGGGGCCCUGCCCGAGGGCGCGGCGGGGGCCUCCCGCGGCAGCGCGGCCGCCCCGUCGGGCAAGAAGGAGGUGAAGGUGGUGAUCGUGGGGGACGGCGGCUGCGGGAAGACGUCGCUGCUGAUGGUGUACGCCAAGGGCUCCUUCCCCGAGCAAUACGCGCCGUCCGUCUUCGAGAAGUAUACUACCAGCGUUACGGUGGGGAAAAAGGAGGUCACCCUGAAUUUGUACGAUACCGCAGGCCAGGAAGACUAUGAUCGGCUACGACCGCUCUCUUACCAGAACACAAACGUCGUGUUAAUUUGUUACGAUGUCAUGAACCCCACUAGCUAUGAUAAUGUAGCAUCUAAGUGGUAUCCUGAAGUGAAUCACUUCUGCCGAGGUGUCCCGCUCGUACUGAUCGGCUGCAAGACAGACCUUCGGAAAGACAAAGAACAGUUGCGCAAACUCAGGGCUUCUAAGCAGGAACCCAUUACUUACAACCAGGGUGAAGCAGCUUGUCAGCAGAUUAAUGCAGAAGUUUAUCUGGAGUGCUCAGCAAAAUGUCGUGAAAACAUAGAAAAUGUUUUUAAAGAAGCAACAACCAUUGCACUGAAUGCCAUGAAAAAAGCCAAGCGCCAAAAGAAACGGACAGUAUGCUCAGUGUUAUGAUCUGGACUGGAAGAGAGCAUUGACUGCACAAAAGCAAAGUGAUUCCGAUGUUAAGAACAGUGUAACUUUAAAGAACUUGUUAUUUUCCUUACAUCUUUAUAUUCCUAGAACAAUUUUUAUUUUAAAAUUUUAAUUAUUUUUAGUAUUUUUGCACUUUGUUGAACUGCUCUCAAAGUUUUCAAAGCUCUUUAUCAAGGUUAACCAAUGCUGCAUGCCUUUGUCCAUCUGGCUUUUGCUUCUAACUGCAAACGACCACCAGUUGCGUGUCAGACUCACUAUUUAAAUUGCAACAAACCAUGACUGCUACUAUAUGACUUAAGUAGCGUGGGGUUUUUUCCCCCUGCAAAAUAAUUGUGGGAUGUUAUAGCUACAACAUACUGUCUUUUUCAAGCAGAAAAGCUGAAAAACCACAUCUUUUUAAAGGAAGUUGUGUUAGAGCAGCUUAUCAGGCAUCUUUGAAGGGACAGAAAUGAAGUUCUGCCUUAACAUUUUCAAAUUAAUUUAUUUGGUGGCAGUGAUACGAGUUAGCCUCCAGUUGCCCCCAGAGUGUGCAGACAGAGCAUCCACUACUGCCCUUGUGCCACUGGGCCGGCUUCACAGAGCUGCUCCUUUAGAGGUCUCCUUGCAAGGCCUGUUACUGUAAUAGAAAGUAGUAUUUAUCAAUGGAAAUACAUCAGUUGCUCCAAUUCAGAAAUGGAAUAUCAUGGAAAAUACUUAAUUUACAGCAGUCAGUAGAAGUACUCCAAGCAGUGUAAUCUAAAGUCAGUUUUACAAUAAACUUACAUAGCUUAUUUAAAACGUGACAGAUGCAAAUAUGGGUGCAUACUUGGGGAACUACUUAACUCAUUUAUUAACUGAUAAAAUAAUCUCUACUGCUAGAAAUUAAAAUUUUCCCUUUUGUGA